CUCCGGGGGAAGACGAGCAGCUACAGCGCGGCACCAGAAGCAAAGAGGCACUCACAGCUCGCCCCGGACUCGCCGCGUCAGGAGCCGCCGUGAAGGCAGAGGGUGGCACGGAAUUCACACCCCGGCCACCGCGCCCAGGGCAGUGCCAAGAGCCUGGAUUCUCUACCCUGCCAGGGCUGCGCCAAAGGGAUUAAGCGCCCUUGGCAGUAAAGGAAAGAUUUGGAUGGAGUCUCAGUAUCUGAAGCAAUGCCUGGGAGAUUGCUUGAAAAAGGGAUUGGCAGAGGUUGUAGAGCAUCGGCCAGCAGAUCCAAUAGAGUAUCUUGCACAUUGGAUUUAUCGUUACAGAAGAAACUUAGAUGAAGGAGAAAAGAGAAUGUUGGAGAGUGCUGAGCUGGAACGAGAACGGGAGGCAGCACUAGCAGAGCUUGAAAUAUUAAGAAAAAGGGAGGAAGAAGAGCGAAUGAUCCAGCAGAAACUUGAAGAACAACGUCAGGCUGAGUUGGAGCAAGAGCGUGAGAAGGCUGAGUUGGAGCAAGAACGUGAGAAGCUGGAACUGCAGAGUGAAGAAGACAACGUGCAGUUGCAGCAGGAAGAUCAAAAGAUGAACUUACAGAUAGACCUGGAACACCUGAUUUGACCAAAGCUGAGGAGGAGCUCGAUCAGAGUGGAGAGCCCGAGGGUAAAACAGACCUCACAGCAGAAGCAGAAGAAAGUUCUGAACUGACCUGAAAGCAUUGUAGCUAGCAUGGCUGACUUGGAGGAAGAAAACUGCAACUGAAAUGAGAGCAACAAAUAGAUUUUCUGCUUAUUCCACAUGAUACUUGAAGUGUAACCAUAAUAAAUACAGAUAAAAUUAA